AUGAAGUUCAGCCUCUUCUCUUUCGUCGCUCUGGCCUCUUCCGCCAUGGCUGCUCCUGCCGUCCAGGUCCAGGCCAAGGCCGCCGGUGCCGGUGCUGUCGUCCACGCCCGACAGGUUCCCGCCGUUCCCGCCGUCCCCGCUGCCGUCCCCGAGGUCGUCACCUCCACCGUCAGCAAGACCGUCACCAAGAAGAUCACCUCUACCAAGGUCACCAACACCGGCGGCGUUGUCAAGGUUCUUACCGUUGCUGUCGACGAGGUCACCGUUCAGGUUUCCACCAUCAAGGCGACCAUCUCCAAGGUCAAGACCGGCACUCUUAGCAAGGCUGCUGCCAUCACCCACGUCCACCAGAACGUUGCCAUCAUCAACGACCUCCUCACCACCGUUGUCGACCAGCUCAAGGAUGUUGUCAGCAUCGAUGUCAACGUCCCUGACGUCAAGGUCAUCCUCGGCCUUGUCAUCAAGCUUGUUCACGAGCUCGUCGGUGUCGCUAAGGACAUCCUGAGCGUCCUCGGUAUCGACAACAUCCUCGGCAGCGCCCUCCAACUCCUCUUCCGUCUCGUUGGUACUCUCCUCACCCUCGUUACCGACCUUGUCGGUGAUAUCGUUCCCGGUGUUCUCGAGAUUCUCAACAACGUUCUGAGCACCCUUUCCGGUACUCCCCUCGGCCCCGUCAUCAAGCCCGUCUCCAGCGUUGUCGGUGGCCUCACCGGCUACCUCAGCCAGGGCACCCAGGGUGUCUCCGCUUAA